GUAAUUCUGGCAUUUUCAGUGUUGAUUGCCAUCAAGAUGGUCAAAGAGGAAACUUGGGAGGCUUUCAUUGCUGAUACACUGUUAUUUGCAAAGUGAUAUUUAUUUCAACUCAACAACCAGCUUAUCAGGGACUAGGAAAUCCAUGCAUUUGACAAGAAAGACAUGGAGAAAUACUUGAAUUAUAGUGGAGACUUGGUUUUUGCUGAUAAAGAGUUGCAUCACCAUGUUAGUUCCACAUUUAUUUUCUUAUAAGCCAUGCUACAUGUUUAACUUAUGUGAUCUUCUUGCCUAUUCAUCUCUACCAUCUAUUCUAAGUCGGGUAUCAUUGAAAUUCCUUUUUAACUAUGGUUGAGCAGAUUGGAAUGACCCAACUCCAAGUCUAAGUAUUCUUGUUUGUGUUGGAACCUCUAGUUAAAACUAUUUGAAACCUCUCCAAAUCAUGUUAUCAGUAUCCCUGCCACUAUAAUUAAUCAUGUGGAUCCCCAUAUUGACAUUGUGUUACUUGAUGGUAGUGAUGCAUCUAAAGUGACUCUUUUUUGCAAGUGAACUCUUAAAUAUCCAUUAGAAUGAUUUGUCUUCUUGAAGAUCAUGUAAACUGUUAAUAGUGGGCCUAAAUAAUGAGAGCCUAACUUUCAAAGUUAAGCAAGUAAAUUAAUUAUUUUGUUGUUCAUUAGAAUGUUUCUGUUCUGUGAUAGUCAACUUAAUGCUGAAUAUGACUAUAUGAGUCUGUGGACAUUGGUCAUAUACCAUAAUUUUAUUAUUUGGUGAUCAGGAGCCUGGGAAGCAGAGGCUCGUUAUCUUUUAAUAAUAAUAAAAUAAAAAAUGAGGUCCUUGCCACUCAUGCCACUGUUGUGCCGCUACCACCCUGAGUCUCCGGUGAGGUCCCUCCUCUGCUUCUUCUCCUCAGUUUGCUUUCUCUCUCCAGACAUGCCCCCUUUGGCUAGGAGAGCCCCCAUCUCUCAAUGUCAGUAAACUAACGGUUGUUGUGCUAUCACAGAAAGGGGAAGAGGAAGAGUCUACUGGACUAGAUUAACCUUAGGUAAGGUGCCUGUGAAUGCUCAGAACUGACCUCCUUUCUCUCUACUAUUAUCACUGGUCAAAAGUUACCUAUGGAUAGGAAGAUCUCCAUGAACAACCAACAUUCAAUCCUCCAAUCAAAGGGUAAUAGUUGGGGGAGAUAUGUUCAAGUGGCCUCUUGUAAAGGAUCAAACAAAAUUAGGGGCAUCUGCAUUCCAGAGGGUGUUAAGGGGCAAGGCUGGAGGUCCUUCUUGACAUCCCUUCUCGAGGUGGGACAACCCCCAGUCCCCCUUCUUCUCCCCUACAGUCUUCAGCUCUCCCAACCCCCUUAGGCAAACAGACUCAAGAAAGUUUUGAAUGAAGUGGUAGCCCCUACUUAGAGUGCCUUUGUUUAAGGGAGACAAAUUGGGGAUGGGGUUCUGGUUGAGAAUGCAGUGAUGGAAGAUAGAAGAAAGAGAAGCUUAUGUGGGGUAAUUUGCAAAAUAGAUCUUUAGAAAGCCUAUGACAAGGUAGACUGGAAUUGCCUUUGGAGAAUUUUGGAGCUUAAAGGUUUCGCGGAAGUUUGGAUCCAGUGGAUGAGAGGCUGCAUCAGUUCAGCUUGGUUCUCAAUCCUGGUUAAUGGUUCUUCAGUUGAUUACAUCAAGGUCUCUACAUGUUUAAGGCAAGGCUGCCUGCUCUCCCCUCUCCUUUUUACUUUGGUAGCAGACAUUCUGGAUGCUUUCAUGAAUAAAAGGCUAUAUAGAUUUUGAGCAUAUAAAAGGAUUUUCAGUGGGGCAUAAGAACAUCCAAAUUUCUCAUCUUCAAUAUGCAGAUGGUACCAUUUUCUUUAUUGAAGCAAAGAAAGAUUUUCUCUUAAAUUUGGAGAGGAUCUUGAAGUGUUUUGAAGGAGUAACAGGGCUGAAGACAAAUUUAGAGAAAAGUAGCAUCAUAGGCAUCAAUACCCCCCAACAAUUGAUGGCAGAUCUGAAGGAUGCUUUGGGAUGUAGGGUGUAAUCUCUUAUUCUCUCAUACCUGGGGGAAUCUGUGAUCUGCAAGUUUUUGGGACACUGUCAUUGAUAAAUGUGAGAGGCGGAUGGGUACCUGGAAGCGGAACUAUCUCUCCAAAGGUGGUAGACUAACUCUCAUCAAGGCUACACUCUCAAGCUUCCCUAUCUACUUUCUCUCACUUUUGAAAGUACCAGCUAAGAUUAGGAAUAGAUUGCAGAAAAUCCAAAGAGAUUUCCUAUGGGAGGGAGGAGGAGAGAAAGGUUGCCACUUAGUGAACUGGAAAACUGAUCGCAAGCCCAAAAAAGGUGGGCUAGGCUUGGGACACAUCUGGGAAAGAAAUCAGGCUCUCCUUGGGAAGUAACUUUGGAGGUUAAAGAUGGAACAAAACUCUCUGUGGGCCUCAGUCAUCCGCAGCAAAUAUGGUAGAAGUAGUUGGGGAUGGGGCAACUCUCUUCCUUUACCAACUCCUUCCUCUCGAAAUCCUUGGAGAGGUAUUAUAUAGUCCUUUGCUUCUUUUUCUCCCCUUCUUAGACUGAAAGUUGAACAUGGGAAUACCAUUAAAUUUCGGGCAAACCUUUGGUAGGGAAAUAAACCUCUCUGUGAUCCCCUUUCUUUUUAGGUUAGUGCGUGAUAAACAAGCUUUAAUUUCUGCAACCUUGAUAAGAGGAUCAGAGGGCCUCUUCUUCAAUUUCAACUUCUGUAGAGAGUUGCAAGACUCAGAAAUUCCUGUAAUUACUUCCUUACUCUCAAUGCUCUCAGAAGUUUUCAUCUCUCCCUCCACUGAGGAAAAGCUCAUCUGGUCAUUAACCCCACAUGGUUCCUUUACUAUUCUUUCUUUCUUUCACCAUCUAACUUCCAACCCAACCACCUCUCCUUUUCCGGGCAAAAAGGUUUGGCUACUGACAGUCCCUCCUAGAAUUUCCUUCAUGGUUUGUGAGGCUUCUUGUGCAAAGCUGAAUACCUGUGACAACCUCCAAAAGAAGUUUCAAGGAAAACUCUACAUCUCUCCAUCUAUUUGUCUGAUGUGCUAUAAUGAUGGGGAAUCUGUUAGUCAUCUUUUUAUCAAUUGCAUUGUGGCCAGAAGUCUUUGGCAGUUUUUUCUUGACUCUUUAGCAAGGGGCUGGACUCCCCAGUAUUCUGUUAUAGAGUUUAUCAACUCUUGGCAAGGGAUCAAGAUUAAUUUGGACAAGAGAGGAAGUUGCUUCUGGAAAGUAAUUAUCCAUGCUGUCAUGUGGAACAUCUGGGAGGAAAGAAAUAGGAGAUUAUUCAAUGAGAACUACUCCUCCUUGGAGACUCUUAGAGAUCGUACCCUAGCUAAUAUCAACAGCUGGAUGAUGAAUAGUAAAGUUUUUGAGGGUAUCAAACGGAGUAAACUGCAAAGGAAUUGGAUGGCUCUAUUGUCAACCACUCCCUUUCACCCUCAGCCCUUAUUUAAAAUCAACCCAACACAAGAUUGUGAGUACAUUCUGAACUUUGAUGGUAACUUUAGGAGAGCUAUGGAGGGUAGCUCAGACGCAGGGAUAGGAGGUUUGGUUCAUGGAUCAAACGGAGAAUUGAUCUGGGCCUAUAGUGGUCAUUUAAAGGCUGUUGAUGCAUCGGAAGCAGAGUCUAGGGCCCUCCUUGAAGGCCUCAGAAUUGCCAAGUCGCAACAGCUUAGUUUCAUUGCAGUGGAAAGAGAUUCGAGGAAUUUUAUGAACUGGGCUUCUUGAUAGACUCUUGACCUUUGGAUGCUUUCCCACCUGCUGUUAGAAAUCAGGGAUGCUUUCCCACCUGCUGUUAGUUUCAUUGCAGUUUUAAAUGCAUUCCUAGAGAGUUAAAUCAAGUGGUUGAUAGUCUUGCUCUUGCUAAAUCUGGACUGGGAAGGGACUUUUUGUAUAGUGCACAUACAGUACCAAAUUAUUAGUGGGCUGUCUUUUGUUUUUGUUUUGCUGACAAGGCCUUGUACAUCCCUCCCUUGUUUAAUGAAAUCAGUUAUUUUUUUCUCAAAAAAAUAAAAAUAAAAAUAAAAAAUUAGGACAUCAAAUUAAAUGGUGUUGCUCUAUUGAUUUCAUGAAUCUAGAUACAGGUGAUUGAAUUUCUAUCAGUAAGAUAUGUAUUAUUUGCCAAGUUGUUGGCAUGACCUAGUUGUAGUUGUAAGGGGAUACUUUAGAUCUUCCCAAUCUUAAGAGUGCGCACAAGAAAAAGGAGGCCUAUGGGUUGGCAAAUGAACAAGGUAUUUUUUAUUGAUAACAGAUCGAGCCAAAUCUAUCAAAUAAUGAAAAGGCAAACCCAAAGAUGAAUUGCCAUUAGAGAACUGAGGUACUGGUAUAAAACCAUUAACUUCUCCUUCCCAAGCAAUAAAGAAAGACCAUUGCACUCUCAAGCACUUACAGUAAUGUGGCCUCAGCUGCAGUAUCUGGCCCCAGUAAAACUCUUUCUUCUUAGGCCCUUCAGCUAGGCUGCUAGAGUAUUAACUUGUCUUUGGGCCCAAAUGAAAGAGAUAUUUACUCUUCAGGGUAGUGGCUGAGUCUCCUUAAAGUUUUUCUGCCUUUCAUAUCCUUUUUACCUCUGAUUGGGCAUCCCCCUCCACUUCUAAUAUAUAUGCUGACUGUAGCCCCUCAAGGAGCCUUCUAAUUCAUUGAUGUUCUUUGUUCAAUCAUGAGGUCACAGGAUCACAACAUACUUAUGUGAGAAAAUAAAUUUAUUGAAUUUGUAUGCUGUCACAUGGUAAACGGAUUUCUAGUACUCAACCAUAAAUAAUUUCCUCAACUUGCUCUGCUCUUUGGAGAAUAUUUUGGAAUCAUUUUUACUGUUAUGACACUUCAAACUCUUGGGUUAUAAUCACCCAGGCAUGGAAAUAUUUUAUAGAUACAGGCAUGGAUGAGUUAUCAUUCUUACUUGAGAAUUUUGUCCUUGCUAGUGUGUUACAAGGAACUAUAAAUUUCUAUUCUCUAGAUGUCCUGGCAUCAUAUUUCUUUGAUCGUCAAUAGCUAGGACACCACUCAUCACUUAAGUCAUUAUGCUGACAAAUGUGAAUACAACUUAACUAAUAAAUAUGGUAUGCUCUCUUCGAUAUCUAU